AUGGCUUGCCCUUUUGAAGCAGAUUCAGAAAUCGCUGCAAUUGGGAAGUUCAUGACAGGGUUGAAGCACUUAGAGCUUCGAUUCUCGAGGUUAACGGCCAAAAGGAUCGAAUCAAUCAGCGAAAGGUGCUUGAAUUUGGAGUUCCUGUAUUUGUUAGGGUGUGUUAAUGUAGGGGGUGCUGCGAGCUCGACUUUGAGUAGGUUGAGAAGCCGGAUUCUGCAUUUCCAUGUCGUUGAUCGGGCAUUCAUUGGGGUGUGGGCAUUGAGAUUUGUCUGA